AGAAAUAGAGCCGCUGUUUGUAUUACCCAGCGUUCUUUGUAGAAGAGCAGCGGAAAUGUUUUUCCUUUGGCCUCUAAGGAAUGGUGGUGCUUCUCAGCUUCCUUCAGUCGUCUGUGUCCCAAGUUGGUGAUAUGGCAAAGCAGUACAUAGAGAAGGGGCUCCUGGUUCCAGACCAUGUGAUCACGCGCCUGAUGGUGUCGGAGCUGGAGAACCGGCGGGGUCAGCACUGGCUGCUGGACGGUUUUCCUAGGACAUUAGUUCAGGCUGAAGCCCUGGACAGAAUCUGUGACCUGGAUCUAGUCAUCACUCUGAACAUUCCAUUCGAAACACUCAAAGAUCGUCUCAGCCGGCGUUGGAUUCACCCCCCUAGCGGGAGGGUGUAUAACCUGGACUUCAAUCCACCUCUUGUACAUGGGGUUGAUGACGUCACUGGUGAACUGCUGGUCCAGCAGGAGGAUGAUAAACCGGAAGCAGUUGCUGCCAGGCUAAGACAGUACAAGGACGUGGCAAAGCCAGUCAUUGAAUUAUACAAGAGCCGAGGAGUGCUCCACCAAUUUUCUGGAACGGAGACUAACAAAAUCUGGCCCUAUGUUUAUACGCUUUUCUCGAACAAGAUCACACCUAUUCAGUCCAAAGAAGCGUACUGAGCCCGCCCGCGAAGAGCCAGGAAGGCGUGGCCGUUCUGUCAGCUGUAUGUUAGUAUUGGUGCCGUGUCCAAUUAGAAGCUAGCCGAGAUAGCUUGCAGUGUCUUUUCUAGUCUAAAUGAUGAACUGACAUGAAAACUAAUGAGUAAAAGGAGUUAAUGAAGAGGCUGUUCUCUGCCUUUCGAUAGAAGGGUCACCUACACGUGUUGAAGAAGUCGCUGCCCAUCUGUCAAGCCCUUCACAAGAAAGUGAAGACAGGCUGGAUUUCAAACGGUGUAUAACCCAAGCUCUAGCUGAUUUUUGACGCUCAUUUUGUUGCCAUAGUGGUAGCCUUUUUACCCAUGAUGGUGGUAGCCUCUGGUUCUCCCUACCCCCCAAAGGCUGUUGAAUCAGCACAGCAGUAGGCCUGAGAAUGCCAAGAUCUGAAACACAGGCUUUGUCCCACGAUCUCUGGUUUGAACCCCUGUGGAGACAGUGAGGUUGAAGCCAACUGCUUGCAGUGGUCACUUCUCUGACUUUGAGUGACUGUAUCUACAACAUAUUAUUAUUUUUUUGGUUAGGAACGACAUCUCCUUUUCUGCAUCCAUGUUCCAUAGAAUCUCUCCUCUUCAGAUAUCCUGGAAUGAAAGGAUUUGGCUUCUGCUACUUUUAUUAGACUGGUUUGUUUUACAUCUGUUUCUUCCCUUCCCUUUCUCCCUAAAGAUACUUACUGCUUUUAGCCCUCUGAAAUGCCUUUCUAAGAGCCGAGAGCUAGGGAAUCAUGCCAGAUCACUUCAUACACCAGGAACCGAGCUCUUGGAGAGUCUACUUAAAACUGCUGGUCCAACUCUCAUGGGUGGAGACCAUUUCUUUUUUUUUUUUUGUGGAAAAAUGAAAUCCUCAGUCUUUUGUAAAUCCUCACAAAAGUAAGAAACAUUCACCUUCAUAAAUGUUAAAAGAUCAUAUCUUAUGUAUAGGUGUGAUAAGACCAUAUGGAAUUACUGGACUAAAAGAAUAGUUUACUUUUUAUUCAAGAUUUUUUAAAAAAUGUAUUUUGAAAAUGCUGCUAAAUGUUGAUGCUGACAGUGUUUUUCUCCUGUUAGUGACCCAAGCAUCUUAUAAGUAGUUGGGAAAGGGAAUGGAGCCUGUGGGGUUGCGGAAACAUGUCAGGCUAGCUGUGCCUGGACUAAGUAUGACAGCGUUACGGUUAUGAAAAAAACAAAAUCUUAAUUUUUUUUCUAGUCCAAAGAUUCUAUAGGGUGGCCAUAAAGUCUAAAAGUACAGAUACUACUAUUUUGUCACUCACUGUAAUGUAAUACCAAUAAAUCACUUUAUUAAGGAUUUGCUUGGUUUCCAG